AUGAAAGUGAUUGAAAAGAAGGAGCAAGCUCAGCUGGAGGAUGUCGUCGCAAUAGAGUUGAAUGCCCGAGUUGACCCAGCUGAAUUUCAUGUAGAAUCGGGCGAAACAAGAUUGAUUGCUCUCUCUCAAAAAGUUCAAUUUCUCCGGGUACCUAGCUACCGUCUUUUUGUGAUGAUCAUUCUCUCUGAAGUAUCAUUAAAUUUGAACAGUAUCCAAGGAUAG